CAAGAUGGCGGCGCCCAUGAGAAGCAUGUUAUCGCGCAGUAGUCCGACAAGUAUAUUUGCUGCAGUUGAAGCUGCAUCAUGUGUUAAACGAUCUGUUACAUGGUGCUGCAUGCAGUACAACUAUACACGGAGGCAUCUCACAGCCGCAGCAGGCUCGUCCUCAAGUACAGCUGAGUCAGCCAAUUCUUCAGCUUCACCCUCAUCAAGUCUGUCAGCACAGCCAAGCAGCAUUCCAGAUGAACACUUGGCUGAAGGUCAAAAGACAUCGGGAGAACCACAACGGAAUGUUAGCAUGACAAAAGAUGGCCAGCACUGGCGUCUCCUCAUGAAGCCAGACCAGCCGCCAGACGCCCGGACGCUGAGGGUCGCCAUCAUUGGUAUACCCAACUCAGGGAAGUCCACACUCACCAACAGACUCAUGGGCUGGAAGGUAUCCGCUGUAUCCAAGAAGGUUCACACAACAAGACAGAACUCAAUGGCCGUCCACACAGAAGGAAAUACACAGAUUGUAUUCAUCGACACACCUGGCAUCAUGCAUCCCAUGGAGAAGAAAAGACAUGGCCUGGAGAAGAGCCACUUCCUGGACCCAGCUCGAAGUCUGGACCAGGCUGACAUAGUGGGUGUGUUGGUGGAUGUGUCAGACGCCUGGAAGAGGGACCGUCUGGACCCUGUAGUGUUGAGGCAUCUUCAUCUGAACCCCCACAUACCGUCAGUCCUCAUCCUCAACAAGAUUGAUAAUGUACAGGAGAAGGAAACACUCCUCCAGAGUACGCGAUGUUUGACGGAGGGGAUCGUUAAUGGUACCCCGAUCAAAGCAACACCAAUGAGACAACACAAGAAGCAGGAAAUCAACUUGAAGGAGAUGUUCAACCAGUAUGAACACAAUACCAAGGGAAGUGGAGCCGACGCGUCUGAGACGGGUGACUUCUCCGACAGGGAGAUGAAGAAUGUGGACAACAGGAGAAAGGACAGUGGGGACAGUGAUGCAGAAACAAGGUCAGAACAGUUCGAGAAACGUCACAUCCUGCCACUAGGGUCGGAGGUCAAGGACAGUGAUGCAUUACCAAAUAAGGCAAUACGACAGAAGAUUCAUCAGUCUCGAGGCUGGCCUCACUUUGACCGUGUGUUUAUGGUGUCUGCGCAGACUGGAGACGGCAUUCUUGAGGUCAAGGACUACCUGAUGUCAUGUGCGGCUCCCGGAGACUGGGACUACCACAGCAGCAUCGUCACCGAGGAUGACACAUUCCACAUCGCCAGGACCUGUGUCUGGGAGAAGAUGCUGGAUAAUCUUCCUAAUGAAAUACCUUACCAGCUCUACCCGGAGAUCAUGGUGUGGGAUGUGGACCAGGAUGACAAUCUGGACAUUGUGAUGGACAUCGUGAGUCAGCGGCCAUAUCACCUGCGCACCCUGGUAGGAAGAGGAGGGGAGACAAUCAAGCUCAUCACAGCACAGGCAAGGCAGGAAAUCAUGAAUGUGUUCCGCUGUGAUGUCCGCCUCCAUCUACACGCCAAGCCUGGAUCCAAACUCCAAGAGAAGAUGAGGCAACGCAGACCUCAUCGACAUGUGCGGCCGUUCAACAGGGGAAGAUGAGGCAACGCAGACCCCAUCGACAUGUGCCGCCGUUCAGCAUGGGAAGAUGAGGUGUGACCUCAUCGACAUGUCCGGCCGUUCAGCAGGGGAAGAUGAGGCAACGCCGACCCCAUCAACAUGUGCGGCCGUUCAGCAGGGGAAGAUGAGGCAUCGCAGACCUCAUCGACAUGGGCGGCCGUUCAGCAGGGGAAGAUGAGGCAACGCAGACCCCAUCGACAUGUGCGGCCGUUCAGCAGGGGAAGAUGAGGCGUGGAACACCGCAUUAAAAUUUACACCUCCAUCUACAAAUCAAGGUUGAUCCAAGCUGCCAGACAAGAUGAAGCAAGGCAGAGCUUUUGGCAGGGGAAAACAUUCAGAAUAUAACUAACGAUCACAACACUAAAUUAUUGAGUUAUCAGCCAUGUUGGUGUUGCUGAGACAACCCACUACAAGACAUUUGAUGUAUACUACUCAGUGUUUACUAGGGUGAAGGCGAUAUCUGGUUGAGAAUGUGUCCGCAUACCUCAACGUCAUAGCUCAUGCUGGCGACCAUUGCCUGGCUUAGGCUUGGUUCAUUGUCGAAUUAUUGUGUAAAACUACAUAUUGCAUUGUUUACAGGUACCAGACCAUUCCUCCAGGCAAUCUUCAUUCUUAGACUAUUGAAAGCCUAUUAAGCUUGGAAGUAUGAGAUGAUCAUCGUAGAGCUAAGGCGACUUUGUGAGCAGGGCCGGAUCCUUGCCUGUUAUAGUGAUAUUGCCUCAGAUGGUUUGUCCUGCCAGACCUGAGUUAAGUGUGUGUACAUGUGAAGCCCAUGAAGCCAUCGUUUUUUGGCUGGAAUAUGUGUAUUUCUAAUCGUGGCAUUAAAACUGUUCACUCAUCCAAACCUAUUGCUUGCUAUAUGACACUGUACCACGACUGUGCGGGUCCCUGUAAUCCUGCUCCUUGCAUUAGUCACAGGUCAUACUGGAAUACUACGCAGUGUGGCCUCAUACAAGGUAAGAGGUAUAGGUGUCUUCAGCACAAAAGGGGACUAUGCUUGUCGUAAGAGGCGACUAACGGCAUCGGGUGGUCAGGCUCGCUGACUUGGUUGACAUGUCUUCGGUUCCCAAUUGCGCAGAUCAAUGCUCAUGCUGUUGAUCACUGGAUUGUCUAGUCCAGACUCGAUUAUUUACAGACCGCCAUCAUAUAGUUGGAAUAUUGCUGAGUACGUGUCAAAGAAACUUUAUCUGUGUUCCUCACUAUUACGCUAGUAUACCUUUCAUCUGUACAACUUUCAACCCACCACGCUGUAUGUAUUCAUUGUUUGUUAUGUAAUGUACAUGGGCCAGUGGCCUAUAUACUACUCACUCACUCAUACAAGGUAAUGUGUGUAAUCUUGUUUCAGAAAGUUACAGUUAUAAAAGAAAUGAUCAGUAGUUGAAGUUGUUCUCUAACAAGGAUUAAGGGGACUUAAUUUGAUGGUGAAGGUCCUGACAUUUUCAUUUUUGGAAUUCACAAGAUCGAAGACAUUGUAUUUGAGCAAUGAUCACCUAUUACAUCCAAACUGUGUUGGCAAAUAAAAUGGUUGAAGGAACUUGUUGGUACUGACAGUU